AAAGAAAACAAUAAUCAAGUGGCCCUAGAAAACCAAGAGAUCAAGAGUAUGAAACACAACCACGUAGCACCACAGCAACCACGGCGCCCAAUCUCUGCCGACCUCUAAUCUCACUGCUUUUCUUUUUUCACUCACUUAUAAAACAGAGCGACUCCUCGUCCACAGCGAAAUCGUCGAGAUCCCCGCCAAUUCUUCGAAUCUCAGCCUCAACCAAACGACCUAACUGACGGCAACGAUGGUGGCGAUUUCUCCAUCAAACGUCGGAUUCACAUCACAAUUCGGGCAGGGAUGGAAGACGGCGAGGGAGAUGACUCCCGUCAGAAGCUCGAAUCUGAGAGUAUCAGCAAAAGCGACGGAGAAGGGCGAGGAAAAAGAAGACGGCAGUGAAAGGAAGAACAAGCAGUCGCUGUUCAGCAGCGUGACGGAGGCGUUGGAUUUCUCUCAGGUCCGGUCGAGUCGCGACGCUGAGCUUCUCGAAGACGCCCGUCAGGCCACCAAAUCCGGCGGUAGAAUGAGCCAGGAACAGUAUGGAGCUCUAAGAAGGAAAAUAGGAGGGACUUACAAGGACUUCUUCAAAUCCUACAUAGAAGUGGAUGGGCAAUACGUUGAAGAAGGGUGGGUGGACAAGACAUGCAAGGUGUGCAAGAAGGACACAAGGGGCGAGGCAAGACAAGUCGACAAGCUUGGACGAUAUGCUCAUGUUGCUUGUUUGGAAAAAUCCAAUUCUUCAUCGCCCAAUUUCUUCACCAAAUUCUUCUUCAAAUGACUCUGAUAUCCCGUUUAUACAUACAUCUGAAUUUGUGUAGCGUGUAUUUAAGUAUCUCUCUAGUUAAUUUUCACGAUGAAAUGAUUAUAUUGUUCAUUUUCUCUA